CAAGGUGUAACAACAGAGGCGUGUGAAAAUCUGAUCCAGGACCUGCAGUCACCAGCGAGAGAUUGUUGUUGCGUGAAGACCCGCCUCUUUUGGCGUUUUGUGGGAAGAGCGAUUUCUCAUUGGCUGGCGAGAAAAGGGGGCGUGUUCUGAAUGAAGUGAUCUCGCCGAAAGGACGGAUCAUGGAUCAGACCCAUUAUAACAUGUCUGCUACAUGUGUACCAAGCAAGAGGAAAAUGUCAAAACCAAAACUAAACCCCCCCAAAAAAGAUGUCAUAAAAGAUUUGGGAAGAGAGGCUGAAGGUGGAACGAAACCAUCCAAAAAUGAGGGGACAAGCUCUCAGAAAAUAAAGAGAACCUACACCAGAAAAAAGUACCAUGACCUCCAGCCUGUGAUUAUGAGACCAACAGAGGAUUUAGAUCAUGGGUCAUCUUGCAGUUCAGUUAUCACAGUCAGUGGUUUGGAAAGCUAUCACAUGCUCACUGACCACACCAGCGGAGUGAUGGCGAAAACUGAUGGAUCCAGUUCAGAUACUUUAAGAGAGACAGAUUUUAAAUUGAAGAAGAAGCAGAAGAUGGAGAAAACUGACCAGCCCUCCUUAAAAAAAUACAUUGAGGAAGUAAAGAAAACAGUACCUGUUAUAGUUCCUGUUGCUCAGUUCACUCAGAGGAAUCAGAUAACUGACAGCAUGCAGGAGCAGAAAUCAUCUCAGCACACCAAGAAGGAGUCCCCAGUUUAUCCGCCAGGAAGUCAGGAGGAAAAAUGGCAGCUUCAGAUUUUGGCAAAGGGUAGAGUAAGCUGCCCAAAAUGCAAAAGUGCUGGAAGAAAGACAGUGGAUGGGUUAAAGAAGCACCUGGAAACCUGCAAGUUGAAUCCUUUUACAUGUCCUGACUGUGGGAAACAACUGAGAACUUCAACUGGAAUGAAGUACCACCUCAUGGCUGACCACAACAACUUGUCCAUUCCAGAUACUGGGAAUGACUUAGCUGACCAAGCAGUGAAGGAAAAAUUGCGGAAAGUAUUAAAGAGGAUGGGCAAAUUAAAAUGUUCAAAAGAGGGUUGCACUGGAACGUUCACUAGUAUAAUGGGUUAUGUGUACCACAUGAAGAAAUGCGGCAAGGAGCCGUCAGAGCUGGAGAAGCUCUUAAUGAACUGCAAACACUGCGGAAAAGCGUAUCGUUCCAGAGCGGGCCUGGAGUACCAUCUCAAGAAUGAGCGAAGUCCGUUGACCCAAGAAAGUGAAAUAGACGAGGUGAAGACACAGAAAGAGCCCAUCCCAGAGCGAACACAGAGCGGACGCACCAAGCGUUUGUCAGCACAGGUGGCCGUGUUCCACUUGAAAGAGAUCGCCACUGAAGAGCUGCUGAAGGAAUGGCCCAAAAGGAAAGUGCAGCGUGACCUGGUACCAGACGACAGGAAGCUGAAGUUUUCUCGUCCAGGGUUGCCGGCCUUUAGCCAGGAGACCCUACGGAAGUGGAAGAAUGAAGUCAAACUGCAUAAAAAAGUGCAAUGUCCAAACAAGGGAUGUAGCUGCGUCUAUACCAGCGUAUCUGGCCUAAAGGCUCAUCUUGGGCUAUGUACCUUGGGAGAAUUUGAAACUGGGAAAUUUAAGUGCUUGAUAUGUAAGAAAGAAUUCAGCUCUGAAAGUGGAGUCAAGUACCACAUUAAUUCCAUUCAUUCUCAGGACUGGUUUGUUGUUCGGUCCAAAUCUAAGACUUCAAAGUUUGAUAAACUGCGUAAGACUCAUCCAAAGGAAGAUUCCAUGAGGUGUCCAGAUCUUCCCUCACCAAACCCAGGCCUCAGUUUUCCCCAAGUACCCAGCACCUGGCGGGAUAGACAGGCGUCAGCGGUGCCCUUGUCAAGUGGAACAGCAACCCCAGGAAGAGUGGAAAUAAAGAGGAAGGAGGGGCAAAACAAACAGAAAGAGAAGGAAAGCAGACAGGAGAAAGACUGCUAUGAGUUCAGUGGCAGUGACAGCCUUAGCAGCAGCAGCAGCAGUAGUGAGAGCUCCAGCAGCGAAUCAGAGGCCGAGGACUCAGCGGCACACAGACUUGACCAAUGGGCCCUCAGCAGGCCCCUCACGAAGCCUGUGUCCAGCCAGCAACCCGGAAGUGAUUCAUAAACCAUUUCUGCUCCUUUUCCAAAUAUGGAUUUUUUCCAGUGUUCACCUCCAAAGAUUAAAGAGAUACACUUCCAUUCAAAAGAUUUGUCUCUGUAAGAUUUUUAGUGGAUUUGAAAGAUGUCUCUCACGCUCACCAAGGCUCCAUUUAUUUGAUCAAAAAUACACAAAAAAC